AUGGCGAGACCCAUCAGCGCUCGGGGCCCAUUGUGCGUCUGCCACGCUUGCUCUUUAGCUCGCGAACACCACAAUGGGCUGGCUUGCGAUCGCGGGCGGACGCGCGGCGCCGUCGAGGCUGCCUGCUAUCUUCUCCAAAGUAGUUGGCUAGCGGAGGCGUUGCGUGGACGCUCGCUGCCACGGUCGUGCGGUGUCGUCCUUGCUUUCGGGCGGACGGCGGCACCGCGCGAUUCGUAG